UGUUAGGGGGCAGCACAGUUGUGUCCAAGUCUUUAAACGGAGAUAAACAAAUCGGGCAGCGACGAAGAAGGAGCACCCGUCACUGCAAGCUUGUAGCAAGAUUGCUAAUGCGGGGACGAAACGACUUGUUUGAUAUCAUCAUGAGCUAUGCAGAGAAACCAGACGACAUAACAAGGGACGAAUGGAUGGAUAAGCUCAACAAUGUCCACAUACAGAGAGCUGAUAUGAACAGACUUAUUAUGAACUACUUGGUGACAGAGGGAUUCAAGGAGGCUGCAGAGAAGUUCAGAAUGGAGUCUGGAAUUGAGCCGAGCGUGGACUUGGAAUCCCUUGAUGAAAGAAUCAAGAUCAGAGAAAUGAUUCUGAAGGGACAGAUCCAGGAUGCUAUUGCGCUGAUCAACAGUCUGCAUCCGGAAUUGCUGGAUACAAAUCGCUACCUUUACUUUCACUUGCAGCAGCAGCAUCUUAUUGAGCUCAUCCGCCUGAGGGAGACUGAGGCGGCCCUUGAAUUCGCCCAGUCUCAGUUAGCAGAGCAGGGAGAAGAGAGCCGAGAAUGUCUGACUGAGAUGGAGAGGACACUGGCCCUGCUUGCGUUCGAUAACCCCGAAGAGUCACCUUUCGGAGAUCUGCUCAAUAUGAUGCAGAGGCAAAAGGUGUGGAGCGAAGUGAAUCAGUCUGUGCUCGACUAUGAAAACCGGGAGUCAACACCCAAGUUGGCCAAACUUCUGAAACUGCUGCUGUGGGCUCAAAAUGAACUGGACCAAAAGAAAGUGAAGUAUCCAAAAAUGACAGACCUGAGUAAGGGGACCAUCGAGGAGCCAAAAUAAUGAAAGCAUAAAAUGGACACGUUUCCGGUAUCUAUUUAUACUCCAACAAAAUGAUGUUAGAUCAUUUUUCUGCCCAAACCUUUAUUACAUGAACUGGAUUGAUACCAUUUUAAAAAAAUGACCUCUCACUCGAUUGGAACAUGUUUGACAUUAUCGUUUUGGUUCACAUGAUAUCUUUUUCAUAUUUCCAUGUCCACAAGGUUUUUUUUUUCUGUCUAUUGGCAGGGAAAGUUGGGAUUUGAGGAUGAAUAAAGCCUAAAUUAGGCUGUCUCGGUGUGACCAUUAAGUUAUGCUUCCAGUUAAAAUGUUUGUUGUGUUUGCACGUCCUCACUAAAAGCUUCCAUGUCAGCAACCAGAUGACACAAGACACAAGAAGACAUUUGGAUUUUUUUUCAAAAUACUCGUUUAAAUGUAACUAUCCUUGUCACAGUUGACAAGGUUGCGGUUACAAGCACAUGAUAAUAAAUACAGAAAUCUGUCGUGUACGUAUUUAGAAUAAGCUGCUCAUUUGCCGUGCUUCUGUUCACUGCUAUUUUAUUUUGCAAUAAAUACAAUUUUACAAUUUUAA